AUGCAGAGUAUCAUUUGUUUCGUCUUCCUCGCGGUCACUUUGGCAAUCGAUAAUAAGCCGCAAUAUGAUUUGAAGGACGCUCCAGCUUUGUUCGAAAAAUUCAUGAAAGACUAUAACCGACAUUACAAGGAUGAAGCAGAUAAAAAUGUUCACUAUGAAGCGUUUGUGGAAUCAUUAAAAUUUAUCAUUGAUGCCAACAAGGCGCAUCCCUCUGCUACAUUUGACAUAAACAAAUUCUCCGAUUACACUAUGGAUGAAUGGGCAAAAAUGACUGGUUUGGUU